GUGCAUGCAUGCUGGCGGCUGUUGUUUCGGCGCGAACUCUCUUCAGUCACGUGGAAAACUGUAUCUGCUGCAAUUGGCAACGAACGUUUAUCCUUGCCAUCGCCUGAAUGACAUGGAUCAAUAUUUGAAGAUACAUGUAUAUAAAAAGAAAAUGAUGCCGUAGAUAAAACUCCACUAGGAUUUAUAAUCUUUAAGGACGCUGCAAACGUGUUAAAGUGCAAAUUUUGAGCAAAAAAUGUAAUUCCACGUGAUUUUCACUGAGGAUAAAAUCAAGCGGUUUGUUUAACCUUGUGGUGUACUUGCAAUGGAACUCGCAAAUUCAAGUCACUUUCGAUACAACAAUCAUGGAUCCGCGCCCUCAUCCAGGACAAAUUCUUUCAAAAAUAAGCCUCGUUCCCGUGGGGUGCAAAAACUCAUUGAUGUCCCGAGGCGAAAUAGCAUGCCCGACACUGGGGGCAAGGAGUUGCUUUCGGUGAAAGGCGGCACCGACGGAGAACCAUUACGUCGCGUGCGGUCGUUUAAAAUGACGUCAAAAGGUAUUGUCAACCGCGGCGAUACCUUUCGCCAGAGCAAUUCAAGUUUAGCGUCUGACGGAAGUUUUUCUGAACAUAUUUCACAUAGAGAAAAACACAGGCAAAGAGUAUUGAGUGAAUCGGACAGUGUGGACUUUGACAACGCUAAUAAACAGGCUACCUCUACUUCUAUUCCGAAUGUGUACAGGGUGGCGCUAUGUGGAUCCGUGGGUGUUGGAAAAACUGCUCUUGUUAACCAGUUCAAGACUUCCGAGUAUAUGGGUGGAUUUGAAAUUUCAAUUGGCGAUGAAGAUGAUGAAAUGACUGUUUCGGUUCUUUUAGAUGGAGAGGAAUCUACUUUAGAAUUCCAUGACGUCACUGAAAAUCAGGACUUGUUGAGGACUCUGAAUGUAGACGCAUACAUGGUCGUCUUUUCUGUAAAUAACCCAACGACCUUCCAGAUUGCCAAGGACAACCUCAACAAAAUCCGAAAAGAACUUAAAAUCAACAAGACCAUUAUUAUAGUCGCAAAUAAAAUCGAUCUGGUUCGAAAGAGAGCUGUGCCAGAGUCUGAUGCAAAAAAAUUGGCAGACACAUAUAACUGUAAAUAUAUAGAGACAUCUGUGGCCCUGAAUCAUCAGGUCGACGAAUUGUUGGUCGGAAUUCUGCGGCAAAUCAGACUAAAACGAAACAUGAAACCCUCUGACGUCAUAUCCGAGUCCACAUCCAAACCAAAGGUCAAAAGGUCGGGUGCUCUGGGUCUGCUGGAUAGACUAUUUGCUCGAAAGCCCAAAUCCGGAAGCACCUGUGACAACCUGUAUGAUGCAUGACUUAUCAGCCUCCAACAUCUAUUUUGAUAUCAAAAGGACAAUUUUCCUACUCAUUUAGGAUGCCAUUCCCCUCAUGUUGCCCAAGAACGAGAUUCAAGCAAACGCUUUUUGAAUACAGUCAUUAGCAAUACGCAGAUAACUAAAAUAAACUAGGGAUAAUUGUUUUAUGGCAUUUUCACCAUUAUGCUAAUAAUCAAGAAGUGAAAAUCCUUUAUAAUGCUGGUCAUAAAUUUAUUGAUAAAGAUAUUGUUCUACACUGAAAUCCUGAAAUGGAAAUGACAUAACCAUGUCCAUAAUGUUCAUAAAGAGAUCUAGUAAUGGACUCUGAUUAUAAAGCUGUAAAAUGUUCCAUUUGUUCACCAAACCAGACAUUUCUUAAGCAUUUGAUAUUAAGAGAGAAUGAGUCAUCUGCCCAACAAUUACUGCAGCAAUGUACUAUUAAUAGGUAUAUUAAUUUCUAGGGAUAUCCCAGAUAAAGCUGUCUAAUGCAGUGUGUAAAAGUUAA